AAAAACGAAAGAGAGAUCUGUAAUUUUGCUUCAUCUUCAUCGUCGUCAUCAUCAUCAUUAAUUCGAAUCUGAAAGCUGCAACUCACGAGAAGAAGCUUUUGUAACAAUGGCGAAUCCAAUUCAAGAGAUUCUGGAGAAACAAGUUAUGACGGUAGCGAAAGCAAUGGAAGACAAGCUAGACGAUGAGAUAGCGUCUCUAGAGAAGUUAGACGAAGACGAUCUGGAAGUUUUGAGAGAGAGAAGGUUGAAGCAGAUGAAGAAAAUGGCGGAGAAGAAGAAACGUUGGAUGAGCCUUGGACAUGGAGAAUACUCUGAGAUUCAUUCUGAGAAAGACUUCUUCACCGUCGUCAAAGCUAGUGAACGCGUCGUUUGUCACUUCUUCCGUGAGAAUUGGCCCUGUAAAGUGAUGGAUAAACACAUGAGUAUAUUGGCAAAGCAACACAUUGAGACACGCUUUGUAAAGAUUCAAGCCGAGAAAAGUCCAUUCUUGGCUGAGAGGCUCAAGAUUGUUGUUCUUCCCACCCUUGCCCUCAUUAAGAACACUAAAGUGGAUGAUUAUAUGGUUGGGUUCAAUGAGCUGGGAGGGAAAGAUGAUUUCAGUACAGAGGAUCUGGAAGAGAGAAUAGCCAGAGCGCAAGUUAUCCAUUACGAGGGUGAGUCAUCUCUUAAACCAAAGUCUACAACACAAGUAAGAAGGAACGUGAGACAGAGUGCUCGUUCAGAUUCCGACUCCGAAUAAAUCCCAAGUUUUUUUUUAACAAAGGUUUGUUCGUUGUAUUAUGUUUAUGUAUGUGGACAUUUGUAAUACUAAGUAGUUAUCCAUUGAUGAUCUAAAAUGGAUGUUGGUUGUUAGAUUAAGGAGCACGCGAUAUCUAAAUUACAUUACUAAAUUGAUGUUUUACGUGGAUCAUGAACGAGAUGUUUGUACCUAGUGAGUACUGACUACUGAGUCUUGGAAUGAAGAGAGAAGGUUUCUUAUCUUUUAA